GCCCAGCAGAGGCGUCUUCUAUAAAAAGAGAAGUAUCUCCUGUAUCCUCUUUGUCAGAUUCUGCUGGUUGACGUAGCGGCAGGAGCACAAGACUGUCAUACAGAUUUUAUUGUUUGGCUACAAAUUUAGUCAAAACCUUUGAGACAUAAAAUUGAACCGGCCGGGCGAAGGAGACGGAGAGAAGGAUGGCAAUCCGCAAACCUGAAAUCAAGUUCACAAAGCUCUUCAUCAACAACCAGUUUGUUGAUUCGAUUAGUGGGAAGACGUUCAGGACUAUUAAUCCCGCAACUGGCGAGGUGCUCGCUAGCGUCUCAGAAGCCGGGCAGGCCGACGUUGACGCUGCUGUCAAUGCUGCUAAAAAUGCUGUCAAGUACAACGCAACAUGGAGGACCAUGCAACCCAAAGAGAGGGCUAACUUGAUGUUCAAGCUUGCUUCUUUAAUUGAGCGAGAUCUGCAGUACAUCGCAAGCUUGGAGACUGUUGACAAUGGGCAGCCGUACUCUGGGAUUGUCAACGACAUGCAGUUUGUCAUUGAUGUUUUCCGCUACUACGCUGGAUGGUGUGACAAGAUUCGGGGAAGCACCAUUCCAAUUGGGGGUGAUGAUGGAGGGUAUGCGUAUACCCGUCGAGAGCCAGUUGGGGUCGUUGGCUGCAUUAUUCCUUGGAACUUCCCCAUGCUGAUGCUAUCUUGGAAGUUGGGACCUGCUUUGGCUGCAGGCUGCACCAUCGUUCUCAAGCCGUCUGAACUCACUCCGCUCACUGCCCUGUACUUUGGGUCCCUUGUGCUUGAGGCUGGAUUUCCACCUGGAGUGGUGAAUGUUGUUCCUGGCUACGGUCCUACUGCUGGAGAACCAAUUGCCUACCACCCUGAUGUGAACAAAAUCGCCUUUACUGGCUCCACUCAGGUUGGCAAGCUGAUUGCCAGAGCGGCAGCUGAGUCGAAUUUGAAGCGAGUCUCCUUGGAGUUGGGAGGAAAAAGCUGUCUGGUUGUCCACGAUACUCCAGAUUUGGCGAAAGCAGCUGAGAUCGCCCAAUUUGCUUCAUUCUUCAACCAGGGCCAGAACUGCACGGCUGGCUCCAAGAUCUUCGUCCACGAAAGCAUUUACGAUGAUUUCCUGGCCAAGGCCAAAGAACUGACUGCUGCUCGCAAGACCGGCGACCCGUUUGACGAAGCCACCAUGCAUGGACCACAGAUCGACCAAAAGCAGCUGACAAAGGUGCUGGACCUGAUUCAGUCGGGCAUUGAUGAGGGAGCCAAACUGGAGGCCGGAGGCAAGGCUGACUUGAAGGAGGGAUUCUUCGUGUAUCCCACUCUCUUUUCUAAUGUCAACCAGGACAUGAAGAUCGCUCAGGAAGAGAUCUUUGGGCCCGUCCAAAUGGUCUUCAAGUUCAGCAACCUUGACGAGGUCAUUGAUCAAGUGAACGACACCAAGUAUGGUCUGGCCUCUGGCAUCAUCACCAGCCAGAUGGACAAGGCGCUGGCUUACGUCAACCGAGUCCACGCUGGAUCUGUCUGGAUCAAUUGCUACGACAAUGUAAUGCCGCAAGUGCCUUUUGGAGGCUUCAAACAGUCUGGAUAUGGAAGAGAGCUGGGAGAGGAAUCGCUGAAGGAGUAUCUGGAGGUGAAAAGCGUCAUCUGCAGACCCGUGCCCACUUAAAUCACUAACGCAAGUACAACAGAAUAAUUUUUUUUAAGAGUUUAACCAGUCAACGAUCAAGCUUGUCAGACAAGGUCAGUUUUCUUUUUAAUGAUGUGUCUAAUCAUCAAUAAAAUUGUAUUUUUAAUUAUGGAAAAGGAAAAGUUCAAUUAUGUUUAUACUUAUUAAAUUUUAUUCAAAUAGGUACAAUGUUAAUGCACUACUCGAUACUAUACAUGAUUAAUUGGCAACAUUUAUAAUGCCUUCCUGCACAAAAAGAGUACAUCAAAUGUCUUAAUAAUAUAUUUACAUAUUUUACUUGGCA